CUGUCGGUCCGUACGAUCGUUUGUUUAUAUUAACACGUGGUCUAAAUGUGCUAUAUAAUAAACGCUCCAUAUAUAUAACGAUACAGCUAUAAUAACACCUAUCGCUAUAAUACAACUAUAUAGCUCUAAAAUACGUGUUUCACAAAGGAUUGUAUGUGACGGAAUGUGGAAAAGGUACGUUUGAAGUGGAAUUUUGGAAUGUGUUUUUGGUGUGUUGUGUAGUUAGUGUUGAUGGGGGUUUUAGUGUGUAUUGUGCGGGGGUGCAACGGGGUUUGGAUGUGGAUCGCGAUCCUGGUUGCCAUGGCAACCAUGGCUACUGGACGAGGUUUUGUGGAGACUGCAGAGUUCAUUAGCGAUCUGGAUAUGCCAAUACCAACGGCGCACGUGGCGGGGGUGGUCGGCAAGAAAGCGGCGUUGCCAUGCGACACCCAGCCUCUGUCGGCAGACGACAGGGUCGCUAUGGUGCUGUGGUUCAAAGAGGCUGAUUGGGAACCGUUGUACAGUUACGACGUCCGAGGCCGCACUCUCAGCCAGCCGAAGCUCUGGUCUUCCCCUACGGGCUUCGGCACUCGGGCCUUCUUCCGCGCCACCGCCGCUCCAGCGACCCUCCUCAUCGACAACGUCAGCACCGCCGACACCGGCGUCUACAGGUGCAGAGUCGACUUCAAGAACUCACCUACUAGGAAUUUGAGGAUCAACUUUACUGUUAUUACUCCUCCCAACCGGCCUGUAAUAAUGGAUGCGAAGACCAGAGACAUCACCAGGCUGCUGGAGCCGUAUGAUGAAGGAGACACCUUGGAACUGCUGUGUGAGGUGCACGGAGGCGAUCCCCGCCCUGUCCUGGUGUGGUACCUCGAAAACACGAUCAUAGACGACUCCUUCGAGCAGAAGCCUGAUGGUGUCACCGUGAACAUCCUCACCUUCCCCAGCAUAGGGAGGCAGCAUCUCAACGCGAGGCUCAUCUGUCAAGCGUCCAACACUAACCUUGCGCCGCCGCAGACCAAGCUUCUGAUACUGGAUAUAAAUCUAAGGCCACUGACGGUGCAGAUCCUGAGCAAGAACCGGCAGCUCUCAGCAGACAGGAGCUAUGAAGUGGAGUGCAAGACCACCGGCUCCAGGCCUGAGGCUCAGGUGACCUGGUGGAAAGGGAUGAAGCCACUGAGGAAGAAGGCGAGGAAUUUCUCGGAUACAAAUACAACAACCAGCAUUCUAACCUUCGUCCCUGAAGCGGAAGACCAUGACAGCAACCUGGUCUGCCGAGCUGAGAACCCUCGAGUUGCCAACUCUGCUAUAGAGGAUACUUGGAGGUUGAACGUGCAUUAUGUGCCGAUAGCUACUUUAAAGAUGGGUUCGAACCUGAACCCAAAUCAUAUCAAGGAAGGUGAUGACGUGUACUUCGAAUGCAGUGUGCAAGCCAACCCCAAGGCCAGCAGACUAGCUUGGUACAAAGAAACGACAGAAAUUCAACAAAACGCCAGCUACGGCGUUAUCCUAAGCGACCAGAGUCUAGUGCUACAGAAUGUGAACAGGACGGCAUCAGGCGACUAUAGCUGUCUCGCUCACAACAGCGAAGGCAGUGCAUCUAGCAACUCUGUCUCGUUGCAAGUUCAGUAUGCUCCGCUUUGCAAGUCGGUAGAAGACGGGCAAGUCUUCGGCGCGCUGAAACUGGAGACCAUCGAGCUGGUCUGCUCCGUCGACUCCAACCCUCAGCCGAACAACUUCGAGUGGAUUUUCAACAGAUCCGGGGACCAGAGCGAAUUACCCCCAAGUUUGUACACAGCCACGGAGCACAAUUCAGUGCUGCGGUACACUCCAACGGAAGACAAGGACUUCGGGACGCUGUCGUGCCUGGCCACCAACUCUGUCAGCAAGCAGGAGGUGCCUUGCACGUUCAACGUUGUUGCUGCUGGGCGACCCACUUCGUUACAAAAUUGCUCAGUAGUGAAUCAGAGUAAUGGAUUACAAGUGGAGUGCUACGAAGGCUUCGACGGAGGCCUGCCUCAAGUGUUCUUCAUGGAAGUGCUGGAGCUACCCUCUCUGAUUUUGCGAGCGAACAUGACGGCGAACUUCACACCAAGCUUCGAAGUCCAGGGUCUCGACAAAGGCCUGAGCUACUUGCUCAACCUCUACGCGGCUAACGCAAAGGGCAGGAGCGAAGUGAUAACCCUGUACACCAUCGCUGUCAGAUCACCGGAUAAGUAUACUGGUGCAAGCAAUCCCUUCUCACUGUCGCCGAUGAUAGCAUCCCUUCUGGCGAUGGUGGCGCUUUUAAGCGUUGCAGUGUGCGCCAUUAUUGUGGCUGUAUACCGAAGACAUUUCGUGAGGGCACAUGGAAAACAACCGCCUUCUACGAAUGCUCUAUACUCGGAAGGCAGUAUCGACUCGUUCCCAAAAAGAGACACUCUCCCUUCAUACACGGCGUCUCCAAAAAUGGACUAUAGCAGUCGAUAUGAAUUGAAAAUGGAUGGGGAGGAAGACGAUCCUGAUAUUAUUCCUGUACAAUUCGACAAAAAGCCGCUAGAUGACUACAGUAAGCCCAAAAUAGGAAUGGAAGGAGACACUAUAAAAAUCUACAGUGAUCACAGCAUUAUACUGCCAAAUAGUGGCAGCAUAUCAUUCGUGAACCGAGGGGUAACAGCGAGGGGAGUGGACAUAUCGGCCUCUAGACAUGAAGUGGUCACCGCCUCGAGGAAAGUCCGCGAGAGCUGCAUAUAGGACGACUCCUCCACCUACCUGUAAAUGUAGAUAGUGAAAUGGACAAUGUUUUUUAAUGUGAUCAUAAGUGUUAUAAAAACUCAAGUUUUUUGUGUAAAAUACCAUUAAAUAUGAAGGAUUUACUAAAUGACGGUUAUUUUAAGUGGUUGAGGUACUAUAUUGAUAAAUAUUGAAAUACUGUAUGUGCUUUUGUUGACCAGUGAAAAUUUUGUAAACGACAAGCAGUUUAUAUUAAGAUUGGAAAUCUAAAAUAGCAUAACAGCGAAGUCAGUAAAGUUUUAUUAAAUUUUGAAUUGUUAUUCUCAAGUGGUCUCAAGUUUGAUACCUGUCAAUUUUAGGCUAGGAUAAAUAUUAAUAUAAUUCUAGACAAUUUUUGUAAAAUGUUAAGAGUUUAGUCUAUUGCAGUUAUUUUAGAAUAUGACACGUUUUUAACUAGCUGACCCAACCCGGCCUCGGUCGUGUGAUUUUUUUUACUAUUAAUUAAUUACUU